UGGUGUCACAACUUGUCACCUCUAUUUUAUUAACUUAGUGUUUUAUUUUAAAUCUUGAAUCCAUGUGAAUUGUACAAUGUGUGAUCUAUGUACAUAACUUUACUCCAAAUUGUUGGGAAGGAAUUGCUUUUGGAAUAUUCCUAUUCUAUCCUCAGUGCUUUGAAAUGCUACAUUUGUUAUACUGCAUUCAAAAAAUACACUUAGUCAUGGCUUUGUUUCCAUGAAGCAGAUGCCAAAACUAUUUUUAUUCGAGCAAUAUUGUGCAUAUUGAUACUUCUCAGGAAUUUUUCUUUUUGAAAUGUUUUUUGUCUGCUAAUUUAGAUUAUUUAUUCCAGAUGAAGUUGAGAAUGCUUUUGUAAAGUACACAUUAAGAUACACAAAAAUCAAAGAGAAAAAAAUAUAUGCAAGACUGAGAUUCUUAGUGGAAUGUUUUCAAAGAAUAUCGCUUCUUUCUGGGAAAGGGUAGAUCUUCAUUUAUUCAAGUAAUCUUAAUGUCUCCACAGAGGAAAGAGUAUGUUCGUGUAAAUGAAUAUAUAUUUUUGGAAUGUGUUUUAUGAUUUAUCUACAAUUUUCAUUUAUUGUUUUCAUGAUUUUUGAUGAACUAGUUUCUUGACCCCGCCUUCUCCCCCGGCUUUUCAUUUUCUGAGAGAAUCGCUGAUGGUGUCCGAUACUAUUUUUUUUUUUUUUAGGCAUUCUUUUAUUUUAUUGAUGGAAUCUAUUUCCUAGUAUUUGAAAAAGUGAACGUGACAUGCGGGUUCUCUUUUCCUGACGGCUGUGUCUGAAUUGCACACUUGCUGCACAUAGAACUCAGCUGUAAUCCGUAAACUGUGGGGAGUCCCUGACGGGCUCUGACUGCCUGGGGAACUAUCUCAAGCGCCCCAAACUUUCACGUGCUGGGUAAAGACUGCACUCUCAGCCAAUCUCGCACCGCCGGUAGUCAGCAGGGAAAGGCAGUUCUGACUUGCAGCACUGAUUGCCCGGACUGCCCGGUUCUGCGCAGGCCUGUUUCUGCGCAUGCCUGGUUCCGCCUCCUGCCUCCGUGCACUUCCGUCUUCCCCCGCCCCGCCCCCCCCCCCCCACGGUUUUCUUCAGUUCUCGCGUGCGAGGCCGCUUAUGCUCUGCGCUUUUGUGGGGCCAGUUCCUCACGACGAGGGAGCGACAGCAUCAAGAGAAGUUUAAACUGUUAAAUCCUCAGGGAGCAAAUAUUUACAUUUACCCAGCGGAAAAUGUUAUGCCCAGGAGCUACUGCGCGAUUAUGUCGGAGUCAGGUCCGAUAGGUGGUGUGUGAACAUCUGAAGGUCGGAGGUCCUGACGCUCUUCUUCCUGUCUGUUGGCACGUCUUCAGAGUUGUCCGCAUUUUUCCAAGACAGCAGAAAAUGAACAAAUCCCAGGAAUUCCAGGGAUCAGUAUCAUUUAAGGAUGUGACUGUGGGCUUCACCCAGGAAGAGUGGCAGCGCCUGGACCCAGCCCAGAGGUCCUUGUAUAGAGAUGUGAUGCUGGAGAACUACAGUAACCUUGUCUCACUGGGGUAUUGUGUUACCAAACCAGAGGUGAUCUUCAGGCUAGAGCAAGGAGAGGAGCCAUGGAUAUUGGAGGAAGAAUUCCCAAGCCAGAGCUUCCCAGAAAUCUGGAAAACUGAUCACAAGAAAGAAAGGAGCCACGAAAACCAGCCGAAACAUGUGUGGGAAGUUGCAUUCAUCAAUAAUAAAAUGCUAACUGAAGAACGAGGUAACAUAGUAGGAAAACCACAUAACUUGGACACAAAUUCUUUUCCUUCCAGAAAAACCCUCUGUCAGUGUGACUCAUGUGGAGUGAGUUUCAACUGUAUUUCAGAAUUGUUUAUCAAUAAGAAAAACUAUUUAGGAAAAAAGACUGAUGAAUUUAAUGCCUGUGGAAAAUUGCUACUCAGUAUUAAACACGAAAAAACUCAUACUAGAGAGAAAAGUGAAUUUUUUAAAAAUGGGAAAACUUUCAGUCAUGAUGAGGACCCUAUUCAUCAUGAGAAGAUUCAAACUUUAGAGCAAAAUUUUGAUCAUAACAUUUAUCAAGAAACCUUCCUUGAAAAGGCAAUAUUCAGUACAUACAAGAAAGAGAUUGCAGAAGGGAAUGACUGUGAAUGUAAUGAAUAUGAGAGAACCUUCUUUGAUAAAUCCUUCUUAUUCCAUCAGAUAAAUUCCUCAAAGGAAAAUCACUAUGAAUUUAGUGGUUGUGGAAAAUCCUUACGUGUGAAUUCUACCCUUUUGAAACAUCAUGGGGCACAUAUGAAACACUAUGACUGUAAUGAAAGUGGGAAUAAUUUUAGGAGGAAUUUAUGCCUUUCACAACUUAAAACUCAUAAAGGAGAAAAACACUUUGAAUGUAAUGAAUGUGGGAGAGCGUUUUGGGAGAAAUCCCACCUCACUCGACAUCAGAGGAUACACACAGGAGAGAAACGCUUUCAGUGUAAUGAAUGUGGAAAAACUUUCUGGGAGAAGUCAAACCUCACUAAACAUCAGAGGUCACACACAGGGGAGAAACCCUAUGUGUGCAGUGAAUGUGGGAAAGCCUUCAGCCACAAGUCAGCCCUCACGUUACACCAGAGAACACAUACAGGGGAGAAACCCUAUCAGUGUAAUGCAUGUGGGAAAACGUUUUACCAGAAGUCAGACCUCACUAAACACCAGAGAACACACACAGGGCUGAAACCCUAUGAAUGCUAUGAAUGUGGGAAAUCCUUCUGUAUGAAUUCACACCUUACAGUGCAUCAGAGAACUCAUACAGGUGAGAAACCCUUUGAAUGUCCUGACUGUGGGAAAUCUUUCUGUCAGAAGUCACACCUUACACAACAUCAGAGAACUCACAUAGGGGAUAAACCCUACGAAUGUAAUGCAUGUGGGAAAACUUUCUACCACAAGUCAGUACUCACCAGGCAUCAGAUCAUUCAUACAGGGUUGAAACCUUAUGAAUGUUAUGAAUGUGGGAAAACCUUCUGCUUGAAGUCUGACCUCACAGUACAUCAGAGAACUCACACAGGGGAGAAGCCCUUUGCAUGUCCUGAAUGUGGGAAAUUCUUCAGCCAUAAGUCUACCCUCUCUCAACAUUAUAGGACUCAUACAGGGGAGAAGCCCUUUGAAUGUCACGAAUGUGGGAAAAUCUUCUAUAAUAAAUCAUACCUAACUAAACAUAAUAGAACACACACAGGGGAGAAACCCUAUGAGUGUAACGAAUGUGGGAAAACCUUCUGCCAGAAGUCUCAGCUCACUCAGCACCAGAGAAUUCACAUAGGUGAGAAACCCUAUGAGUGUAAUGAAUGUGGAAAGGCUUUCUGUCAUAAGUCAGCCUUAAUUGUCCACCAGAGAACUCAUACAGAAGAAAAGCCCUAUAAAUGUAAUGAAUGUGGAAAAUCUUUCUGUGUGAAGUCAGGACUUAUUUUACAUCAGAGAAAACACACAGGGGAGAAACCCUAUGAAUGUAAUGAAUGUGGAAAAUCCUUCAGUCACAAAUCAUCCCUCACAGUGCAUCACAGGGCUCACACAGGAGAGAAAUCUUGUCAAUGUAAUGAAUGUGGGAAAAUUUUUUACCGUAAAUCGGACCUUGCUAAACAUCAGAGAUCACACACGGGGGAGAAGCCCUAUGAAUGUAACACAUGUGGAAAAACCUUCUCUCAGAAGUCAAACCUCAUUGUACAUCAGAGAACACACGCAGGAGAAAACCUUACGAUUGAAGUGGAUGUUAGGAAUGUCGAGCUGCAGUUCAGCACCCAUUAUACAAGAAUUCACACUGGCGGAAGCUCUGUUGACAGGAUAUCCUGAAUGUUUGGGAACCUUCUUCCACACAAACUGGCCUUAUUUUACUCCAAAGUAGACUGCAACAAAUGCAGGACAGUCUUGUUAAGUAACAUUCCAUUGAAUGUCACCAAGCAAAUACUGGUAUAAAAUAUUGCAGAUUUUUUUAUUUACAACAAUUUUUUUUUUUUUAGCAAAAAUACCAGGUUACGUCAGAAUUUAUAUUAAAGAGAAAGCUUUCAAUUUGAGGUAUAUAACUUAAAGAUUAUUUUUAGAAGUAAUAUAACAUUAGAAGUCGUGUUUUGGGUUUUGAUGCCAUAUUUAUCUUUAGGAAACAAAAAGUUGUAAUUUAUAGAUGUAUAUUGUGCCAUGUGAAGCUUUAAAAACCAAAAAAAAAAAAAGUAGUAAAAUGAAAAAAUAGACAAAUUGCAGUCAGACAUAGAAUUCUCACAUGCCCUCCAUCAAGCUUCCUCUAAUGCUGUCUUCCACAACCACGGUAUAUUGUCAAGCACAGGAAAUUGAUGGUACCACAGUACUAAGUCACAUACAGUCAUUAUUUCUACUUCAACAGUUUUUACAAGCACUUUGUACAGUGUAGUUCUGUGAAAUUUUAUCACUUAAUAGUUUGAGUAACCAUCAACACAGGUUACAAAAUCAAAAAGGUAUCUGGAGUCUCUGUUGCAUUAGGAUUACAAAGGAAUCAGGAUUUCAUCACGAGAAGUUCCCUCGUGUUAAUAAUCAUACUGUUUCUGCAGCCCUCAUCCUGGCAAUCAUGAAUGUGAAGCUUUUAAAAAGCAGAGAUAAAUUGAAUAAUUAGGGUCACAGCCUUAAAUGCUUAUGUGAAGUGUCCCUUAAGUUUACAGGACUUAUGUAUCCACAUAUGGUUCUUUAUAUAAUAAACCAUAUGUGCUUCAUUUGCAUAAUGCAACUUAAUAUAGUUGUGAACAGAGAACAGACACUCCUAAUUUAGCAUUUGUUACUGUAUCAGGCACAUCUCCCAUGUGUAUAAGGGCUGAGCAGCCUUGUAAAAGGAGGCCCACAGAGGUAAUACAUAACCAUUUAGAAUGUAUAAAUCAAAAUAACAAAGUGGCAAAUAGAAUGUGUUCAGUACAGAGGGAUAUCUAGUCCCUAGUCUCAUUUUCCCUGUUCACCCAUGGUCCAUGUCAAGCCAGGAGGUGCCUUGAGUGUACAUAUGUGAGUUCUCUAGUCCUCAGCCUAAAUUUUGUACAAACCUUCUGUAAGUAACUGCCCUCUAAGGCAGAGGCCAGUGUACCCAGAGACAGAUCUGCACCCUUGGAGAUUUUUGACUCUGAGGAGAAGGUGGGUUGAGACUGGAGCAGAGCCAGAGUGAAGCUAGAGUGGGGCUUUUAUUGAGAGACAGGGUAUAAAGGUGGUAUACUAGAUUACACCAUCAGUCAGAUUACAUAAACCAGGUUACACAAAUGAAUGAUCUUAACUUGCACAAAGAGUCUAAGCUUCCAUCUUAGGAAACUAGGAUAAGGAGCUGAUUAAAUCCGGAGUAAGUGAAACAAAAGAAAUAAUAAUUAGAGCAGAAAUCAGUGAAAUCAAAAACAAAAUAGAGGAAAUCAGUAAAAUCAAAAGUUAGUUAUUUGGGAAGGUCAAACUGAUAAAACAUUAGCUAAAUUAACUAAGAAAAAGAGAAGUACUAGGUGCUAAUACCAGAAAUGAAAGAAAGUCAUAACUGAUUUCAUCCCAUCAAAAGGAUAAUAAUACUGUGCAUGACUGUGUGUCCACAAUUUUCAUAACCUACAUAAAAUGGACCAGUUCCUUGAAAGACACAAUCUGCCAAAACUCACAGAAAGAUCUAUCUGUUAAAGAAACUGAGUUAAUACUUAAUCUUCCAAAUCAGAGUGUCAGGCCCAAAUGUGUUUGCUGGUGAAUUCUACCAAACACUUCAGGAAGAAAUAACCAGUUCUCUACAAUCUCUUCCAAAAAGUAAAAACAGAAGAAAUACUUCCUAACUCAUUCCAUGAGCCCAGUAUUGCUGUAGUAGCAAAACCAGGCAGACAUUACAAGAAAGGGAAACUGCAGACAGAACUCUAUGUCUUGGAACAUAGAUGCAGAAAUUCUCAACAAGUCAUUAGCAAAGUGAAUCCAACUGUAUAUAACUUCACACCGUGACCAAGUGGAGUUUAUUCCAGGCAUGCAGUCCUGGUUCAACAUUUGAUAAUCAGUUCACGUAACUCAUCACAUCAACAGGCAAAAGGAAAAUAGUCAUAUGAUCAUACUACUAGGUGCAGAAAAGCAUUUCACAAAAUCUUAACCCAUAUUCACAAUAAGAAAUCUUAGCAUAUUAGAAAUACAGGGAACUUCUUUAACUUGUUAAAGCACAUCUACAACAGCCCUAUCACUAACAUCGUACUUAAUGGUGAGAAACUAGAUGCUUUUCCAGUUAAGAUAAAGAGGAAGGAGGCCCCUUUGACCACUCUUUUUCAGCCUCCUUCUGGAAGUCAUCGCUAACACAGUAUGACAAGUAAAGGAAAUAAACUUGGAUUUGGAAGGAAGAGAUAAAACUGUCUAUAUUCACACAUAACACGAUUCUUUAGGUAGAAAAUUCGGAGGAGUCAAAAAUAGAAUACCUUGACACUGCUAAGCAAUUAUAACAAGGUUACAAGGUACAGUGAUUGGGUGGUAAAAAGAAGUGAGCUCUCUAACAGAAGAUAUGGAGGAACCUUACUUGCACAUUGCUGAGUGAAAAAAGCCAAUCUGAAAAGGCUUUACACUUUGGUUUCCGUCUAAAAUGGAUUCUGAUAACAGCACAAGUAUAUGGGGACAGUAAAAAGAUCAGUGGUGGCCACGGGUUUGGGACAAGGCAGGGAAGGAUGAAUAGGUGGAUUGUAGAGGAUUUUUAGGACAGUGACACGAUUCUGUAGGAUAUUAUAAUGGUAGAUACAUGUCAUUCAUUUGUCAAAGCCCAUAAAGUGUAAAACACAAAGGGUAAACCGUAAGGUAGACUGUGGACUUUAGUUAGUCGUAAUGUAUCCGUAUUGUCUCAUCAGCUGUAACAUAUGUACCACACAUAACGGGACUGUAGCAGUGGGUGGAAGCGAAGGGGUAUGUAGGAACUCUACUUUCUGCUCAGUUCUUCUGUAACCUUAAAACUACUCUAAAAAAUAAGGUGUAUUAAAUAAACAACCCUGCCUGCAUAUAGCAAUGUAGGUGAAUCUGUGAAGGUGCUUUCUUCUAUACUUACAAAAUUAAAAACUCACAUUAUUCGGUACCAGUUUUCCCAUGGUGGGAGGCAGAAUGCAUUCUCAGAAAUCUUACACUGACAACCACUAAACCUAUUUUCAGUUACAGCUUUUCUGCUUUUGUAAGCCUUAUUAUCUUUUUUGGAAGUAUCAUAAAUUUCUUACCUCUCUUCAUAAUAUCUUGUUUCUAUAUUAAGGUCUUUGUUUCUGUUUCUGCACUGAAAAUAUAAUCAAUAUUAGUGAACAUUUGAGAUGUUUUUAUAGUCUUUGAAAUAUUUUAAAUUAUAGUAACUGUGGCCUGAAAUUAAGGCCUAGUAUAAUGGACUCUUUUACCUCUGAAACCAAGAUGGAAUCCCACCACCAACUGAGUGAAUAGGAGGCAGUUAAUACAGUUGUCAUAAUGAACAGGAUGGCCCAUCCAAGAACAAGGUCACCAUCUAAGAUGUGGUUCAUCUAGUUAUUAACUAAUUGUUCUUGCCUGACUAACUGGUUCUGUGAUAUGACAAAGGCCCUUUGGGACAGAGCUGUCAAUCGCAGGCAGGCCUGCCUUUUGACCUGCACUGUACUGCCUUGGUUUUGGGGUGUCACUGUGUCUUCCCACCCUAAAAAGCUCCCUAUGAGAGAAUUGUUAUUUGGCUACACCCCAGGUGACUUCCCUUUGGGUUCAGUUUGGCUGUGAGGCUUCUGCCUGUAAAGGCAGAGACAGCACUGUACCCCUACUGCAUUUGUGCCCCACCUACCAAGGGUCUGGUUAGAACUCUCUGGUUACUGCAUAGAGUCCGGCAACCAUCCCUGGCUGCUCGGGGUGCCCAUGCAUACCAUGGUUUGUUAUUGUGCACCACUGGGGUGGGCAUGCAGCUGGCCCUUUGUGAAAUUUUGGAAUGGGUGGACAACCAGCCCCAGGAGAAUUAAGCAUGGCAUUCCAGUUGUCUAAUGAGCUGUUGCUCAGGUCAGGGUAGCAGCCUUCCCCCCUCCUCUGCUGCUCCUUCCCUUGUUGCUGUUGCGCACACACCUGAUGCCCAGCGGUGUGGAGCUGCACAUUUGUGGUGUCCUAUGGCCCAGAUGCUGAUGAGAAAAGGGACCCCUUCCAAAUUACCAGAGGAAGCACCUCAAAUGCUCUUCUAAUGCAAAACCUUUAGCCAGUGAACCUGGGGUUUGCUUAGCACUGUUGUUUUCCAAGGGUCUAACCUUGGAAUCAUGGAGCUUAAUGGCUCUGACCUGGGCUAUAGACAAAUGACCCUACUGUUUGUGAACCCUGACCGCAGGGAGAUUGGCUGGCAUUCCCUGGAGGAAGUGACAGCUGCUGAUGAAGCCGACUGCUGGGCUUUGGUAGUUUCCCUUCUAACCAUGCAGGUCCGUGCCAUGGGUGACUGAGUAGAGACAAAAACUGAAAGUUGCGACUUGACAUGGCGAGAAAUCCAAAACAUUCAGAGGGAAUUUGUACAGAGAGGAAUGAGGGAGAAGAUGUGCAUGGCAGAAAAGAGGCAGCCAUACAGAAGAUAAUCAGUCAACUGCUGGGCUCUUUGGCCAGGCAUGCUCUGCUGCCUGUGUCUGUGUUGGAAGGAAACUCAUCCUCGUGUGUGGAGGGGAAAACGCGCACUCUGUGCCUCAGCCAAGGGGAUAAUCCGGAAGCGACUUCAGCCCAGGAUCUUUAAUCUGUAAGAAGCACAUACUGCCGUGGAGCGCGCCCGUGGCCCUGAAGAUCCUGACUGGAGACUCCUCUGGCGAAUGAAGUUUGUAAAUCUGAUCAGAGUAAAGAGAAGCCCCCUGAGGUAUAUCUAGUGACAACAGAAAGGAAAGAAGCGGCAAGACAGAAUGAGGGAGAGGGAGGGACUUAGAUAUGGGAAGAAGAGACCACAAAAUGAUGGAAACCAAGGUCCACAGAUUGACCCAAUUGGGGGUACGGACUUAAAAAAAUUUAUACAGCAAAAGACAAAAAGGGCACUGAUUGGCUUUUGUACCUCUACUAUUUUCUGAAUUGACUUAAAUAUCUGCUGAAAUGCACCAUUGACGAACUUUCAGGGCCUUAAAACAGGGCUCAAAUUACAGCUAUAUCUGGGCAUUCCACUAAAUUUAAUCGUUACUCCCUAAAACCUUGAAUGAGUUUUUGAAUAUAAAAGAGAAGUGCUAUCGAUUAAAUAUUUGUGUUUCCUCAAAAUUUGUAUGUUGAAAUCUGAACCCCAGCGUGAUGGUGUUUGGAGGUGGGGCCUUUGGGAAAAGGUCAGGUUACGAGGAGGGAGUCCUCAUGAGUGGGAGCAAUGCCCUUAUAAGACCCCAGGGACUCCCUUGGCUUUUUGCCACGUGAGGACAGAGCGAAUGCACAGCCAUCCGUGAACCAGGAAGCCGGCCCUCACCAGACCCCAGUACCGCCGGCGCCCUGGUCUUGCACUUCCCAGCCUGCUUAACUGUGAGAAAUAAAUUUCUGUUGUUUAU